GACCGCCACAGUCCUGUCGUGCCCACCCGGUCUCAUCACCGGGCUGACGGACAGAGAGAGAGGGGGACACCGAGCAGAAGGCGACAAAGGGCGGACUGACCGGCACCAUGAAGCUCAUCUGCCGGUUGCAGCUUGCAAGUAGGAAGUGUGCUCUUCUGCGAUAGAUAGCCACCCGCCAUGGAGCUGAGAUAACCUCUUCCUCUUUUCUUCACCAAUCACGGCUCUGGACUGAGUAUAACCAUGGGAACAUGGCGUGGUCUGCGGGUGGCAUUCAUCCUGGGGUCUUUGUUCAUGAUUCUGCUGAUCAUUGUGUACUGGGACGAUGUCGGGGGCUUCAACCUCUACCCGCUGCAGGAGCCCAAACGUGAGUCGCUUCACCCUCGGACGACCACCGGGCCCUCACACUCCACGUCCACCAGCAGAGCCAAGACCGGUUCUUUCUCUACUGUCCUCACCACUGCUCCCAGUCCAACACUGGUAACUGAGAAGACAGGUGGAGCAGCUGAGGAGCAUACACAGGAGGAGUGGACGGAUGAUAGGGAGCAGGAGGCGAGGAAGCAGAGUAUCAUGGAUGUGUGUUCAGGAAAGGAUGCCGUUGAAUUCCCAGGGAGGACUCGGGCAUUUGAGCAGAUCCCCAACAGGGAACUGGAUCACCUGAUAGUGGAUGACACUCACCAGAUUAUCUACUGCUACGUUCCCAAGGUGGCGUGCACCAACUGGAAGAGAGUGAUGGUGGUUCUGUCUCAGUCUCUGAUUUCGCCCUCCUCGGGAAAACCUUACACUGACCCAGAGGCUGUACCUCCUGACAUCGUACACAACUCCUCUCUCCACCUCACUUUUGCCAAGUUUUGGCGCCAUUAUGGUUCUCUCUCCCGCCACCUGAUGGCACUCAAGCUCCAGCACUACACCAAGUUUCUGUUUGUACGAGACCCUUUUGUUCGUCUUAUCUCAGCCUUCAGGAACAAGUUUGGAAAGCCUAAUGAGGACUUCUACAAGCAGUUUGGUUCUGUCAUGCUGCAUCGUUAUGGUAAUGUGUCGGGCAGUUUGCCAGCGACAGCGGCUGAGGCGUUCGCAGCAGGAAUCAAACCAACAUUUCAGCAGUUUAUCACGUACCUGCUGGAUCCAGAGACGGAGAGGGAGAGUAUCUUCAAUGAACACUGGCGGCAGGUGUACCGUCUGUGCCAUCCAUGCCAGGUGAAGUAUGACUUCGUCGGACGACUAGAAACCCUGGAAACAGACGCGGAGCACCUGCUGAAGCUUCUGGAGGUGGAUCAUCUGGUACGCUUCCCUUCAGGGGCUCGAAACCGAACUGCGGCCAGCUGGGAAAGAGACUGGUUUGCGCAGAUUCCCAUGACAAUGAGGAGAGAACUGUACAGGCUGUACGAACCCGACUUUAAGCUGUUUGGCUAUCCCAAACCUGACAGCAUGCUCCACCAGUAGACCACCGAGAGCCAAAGGCCUGGGCACUGCACUGUGUGUGGAGCCCAAACCUCAACUACCUGCACACAGCCAGCAAAUGCCUUUAAAGACGAGUCUAUGAUGCUGUUUGUUUUAUUUGUUCUGUGCAUACCUCAAAUGACUGAAGUGCCUGCCCGUAUUAUUUUAUUGUUCUCAUCAUUUCAUAUCUGAAGCACACCUGCUUACAAGCUGCAUUAUCCCAGUCUGUUUCCCCCGUGGAAAGGCACUUUGAAUCGUAUUUUGUGAAUAGUAUUUUGGUAAGUCAAAGGGAAAGGACUGGGGCUAACUGUUAGCUGACAUCUCUCUGAAGGGAAACAUGUUGCAGAGAAGUAAAGUGUUUUUGCAAAUGUCUGUCUUUCUUUUUCUACUUUUACUGUGCAUGUGGAGAAGUAUUCACACAUCUUGACCAAAAAUACCACAAUAUAAAAGUGUAAUGCGAGUAACUUAAGGUAAAGUCAGGUUAAUAGUACGGAGAGUACCUCUCAGCCCCUGGAAACAGUUGCAUUACUUCUUGCGUAGCUCAGGAGGACCUUGAUCAUCUCUUAGAAUAUCAGUUUAGGCUUAGAUAUGACUUAUCUUUAACAAAUCUCAAGAGACUUGCAAAUUAUAAGGAAAGGCUGAACAAACAGGGGGCAUAUGUUUUGAAAGGAGUGAGUGUCUACAAGGUAAUGAGGGUCUAAUUAAUAAAUGCUUUUGUUAUAUUUUGGACAAUGCUGGAUCAAAUAUUUUGAAACUUGGUCCAACAUAAUGAGCUUUAAGUCAGGAUAUCUUGUCCUCUACUGAUUUGAUUUUCACAAAAUUAUCUUUAAUGAGAAUUUGAUGAGUCCUCCAACUUUAUGAAAGUAGUACAGUACAUCUCUAUGUAAAAGUACAGAAGUAUUAACACCAAAAUGUACUUCAGUUCAGUUCAGUUCAGUUCAUUUAUUGGUCUCCUCAGAGAAAUUUGUCUUGGAGCUAGGGGUCAGCAUACACAUACAUACAAUCAACUUAGAAUUACCAAAAUAAAAAUAAACACAUUACAACACAUAGUCACCCAGUUAGCCUCGGUGCAUCAAAUUAAAUACAUAAUAUAUACGUCAGACACACUCCUCAUUAAUCAACUUGAUUGACACUGGAAUCAAGUAUCAAAAUAAAAGUACUUAAGAUGCAGAAUGACCUCUUUCAGAGCAUAAAUUUAUUAUAAAAAGGACUUAGGCAAAAUAAAGGUAAAAGGAAAGCAAGUAAAAGCAUAGUUUUGUUUCCAAAACAUAGUAUAAACUGAAUAUACUGUAAAUAAUCCAUUAUGUUUUACAAAAUUAUGUAAAUUUUAGCCUGCAAAGUCACCACCUGAUAUAUAAAGUCAAACGUACAAUAUUUCCCUUAAAAAUCUAAUAAAGAGAAAGUCAGGGGUGGGAAGUAACUAAUUA